AUCGACUGUUAGCCCUUUCGGUGCGAUCGAUUGCACAGGUGGUGCCGGUGGAUUAGUGUGUUUAUAUUUGCACAAUCGUGUUGCGUUGGCUGUGUAAGGUGUCAGGUGAUAGUAGGAGUAGGGAGAGGAAAAAAAAUGAAAGUGAUACAAUUCAGUUUGCCCGAAAACUUUGAGCCUAAAUCGAAGAUUUAUCGCCGAACAAAGAUACCACGAUGCCUGUGGAUCUCACCGGAUACACUUUUCACAUUGUGCGAGAUUGUGCUGCGGAAGUUGCUGCUGACGGUUGUACCGCGGCGGAAGUUCUGGUCAACCGUUAUUUCCCUGCUACCAUGUGAAACUGCCCGCCAGACCGUCCGCCACCAGAUCGAGCGGCCCGAAGAAUUCAACCGGUUUGAGCGGACUGCCGUCAACUACGCCAACCAUUGGGCUCUGCUAACGGCCACAAUCCAGCGUCAACUGCCGGUGCUGUCAAACGUUCGUGUCGGUUCAUUGGUUCGGAAUAAAAUUACUCAACUGCUGCUGGACUUGGACUGCUAUAGUGGUCGCGGUAGCGCCAGUGAUUGCCAACAGCUGGCACCGUUCGAGUUUCCAUUUCAGUCUGAGUUUGUCGAGCUGGACGACCUAACGAGCGAAUUCGAAACUCAGCCGGUAGUGGCCGCCAUGGAAAGGCAGGCGUUCGAUCCCGAAGGAAUAAAGUGUCACUAUUGCCGUGAGCAAACUGAUUACUAUGCACUUUCGCUAGGAACCAAAGGGCCGGCGGCGGUUCAGCAGCUGAUGGUGACGGGACAAGCCACGUCACAGCAGGUCUUACGCAGCAGCUGUCGGGUGCAGAUUAACGAACUCUUUCCGUGUGGUUGCUGUCAAGCAAAAAUGUAAUCAUACAACACACACACAUGCAGCGAACCGAACUGGGUUGGAUUGUAUGCAGCACUAAUUGAAAAGGAUGUUACUCACCUGCA